AUGGAGCCCAGUGCCUGCAUGAUGCUUCCACUGGUUUCCUGCAUCUACUCAUUGCAGCUGUGGCAUUUUCUGCUUCUGCUCUCAGCCUUUCCUCUUCCUACUGUUUGGUCUCUUCGUUCUCGGGGCCCUGUGGCCACUCGGCCUCUCUGUGCCCGUCGAAGUCCCUCUGCCCAUCGGCCCAUCUGCAUCUGGGACAGGAUCUCACUGCCAGAGAGAGAUCUGCGCUUCAUCCUACCACGUCAGCGAUCCCUGCCCUCGCGGGGGGCAGAGCUGCGGCAUGUUGUGCGGCUGAGGCGCCAGGCUGUGGGGGGCCGGCCUGCCACCCCGUCUGGUUUUGAGGAUGGCAUGCCUUCCUCCCAGUACCCCUGGGCCAUUGUGUGGGGCCCCACAGUGUCAGACGAGGAUGGAGGAGAUGCCAACUCAGCUAACCCGGGCUUUCCUCCGCUGGGUUACACCUUUGUUUCACCACAUGGGAUGGCAACGGCUCAGCCCAACUCCCAUUCACUCCUGCACAACGCGGGACUCAACCUGCGCGAGACUCCAGCCACGCUGCGGCCCUUCUUGUUUGGGCCCCGGGGAGAAGGUGUGGACCCCCAGCUCUAUGUCACUAUCACCAUCUCCAUCAUCAUUGUCCUGGUUGCCACCGGCAUCAUAUUCAAGUUCUGCUGGGAUCGUAACCAGAAGCGCCGGCGUCACUCUGGGCAGCAGAGCGGCGGCAGGCAGCAGGAGAGCCAGCAGCCCCUCACGGACCUGUCCCCCACCACUGUCAGCAUUUUGGGGCCCUACAGUGACUCACUGGCCCCCACACCAGAGGCAGAGGAAUGCAGGCAGGGCCAAGAGGGCAUGGAGAAACUGGGGGGCCAUGGAAAGAGCGCUGCCUUCCAGCUCAAUCGAAUCCCACUGGUGAACCUGUGA